UGUGUGCUUGGUGCAGGUGAAGAUGGAGAUCAAGCCAUUCAUGAUCGAGAUCUGGAGUGGCUGAUGGUGUCUGAUGUGAUAGUAGCUGAGGUGACACAACCGUCUUUAGGAGUCGGUUAUGAGCUCGGCCGAGCUGUGGCACUCAACAAAAGGGUUUUCUGUCUCUUCAGACCUUCUUCUGGAAAAGUGCUGUCUGCCAUGAUCAGAGGAGCAUCCACAAACUCGCUCUUCCAAGUCCAGGACUACACAGAGGAUGAAGUCGAGAGUAUCUUGGAGAAAUAUUUUGAUACUAUUGCCAAGAAUUGAUGAGAACAUUUCAGCAAAUCUUAACAGAUAAGCACAACUUCUAUAUGCUUCUCCUCUCAUUUUAGAAAGUCAGUAGGACUGUCUUCCAUUGGUGGGCAUUUUAUAUUACAUUUUCAGUGAAAAUGUAAAUUAAGCGGUGUAUUGUUACUUACAUGUGAAUAAAUCUUUUUCAGCUAAACACUGGUGUUACACUGGGUAAUGUACAGAAAAUAA